CCUUAUGCUUAAUCAAUUAAAAGAAGAUCAGAAAAGUCUGAGGACAACCAAAUUAUUGUAAUGAAUAUUCAUUCAUGUGGUGUAUUAAUUCAUGUGUUUCUGCCUAUGCCUGGAGUUUAGCCACUCCCCAAAGCAGCCAAAGUUUUUUGUCUGUAUCUUUACCCCCUUUUGGCUGCAUGCUCUGUUUGCUCUCUCUCCUUUAGUGUCUUUGUCUCUCUUUAUAAAUAAGUAGAAAACUUUACUUCAGAGAGCAAAGGGACAGGAGAAGAGCUAUCUUAAGAAAUUUUUAUUUGUGCCAACAUAGAAGUGCUUUGUGGUAGGCCAUCUGGACCGGGAGGAUUUCCUCAGAAUGUAAAGUAUGUCGUGAGAUUUAGAGAGCUGGGAUUUGCUCUGGAACUAUCUGGGAAGGCAGCAGGAAACGUAGACAGAACUGGUUUAUAUUGCUUGUAACGUAGGUGGCAAGAAUGGAAGACAGCUUGCCUGGUCUCGCUUCAGUGUGUGUUUCCUCUACACUUACGAACUUCUGCACUGAUGAUAGUAUUUCUGCUGCAAGUACUUCCGACGUUCAAGAUCGCCUCUCAGCUCUUGAGUUACGAGUUCAACAACAAGAAGAUGAAAUCACUGUGCUAAAGGCAGCUUUGGCUGAUGUUUUGAGGCGUCUUGCAAUCUCCGAAGAUCAUGUAGCCUCAGUGAAAAAAUCAGUUCCAAGUAAAGCCAUGAAGAUUUUCAAAGGCCAGCCAGGCCUUCGAGAAGCUAUUUCUAUGUCCUGUAUAACCAACGGGAGUGGUGCAAACAGAAAGCCAAGCCACACCAGCUCUGUCGCAAUUGCAAGGAAAGAAACUCUUUCAUCUGCUGCUAAAAGUGGUACAGAAAAAAAGAAAGAAAAACCACAAGGACAGAGAGAAAAAAAAGAGGAAUCUCAUUCUAAUGAUCAAAGUCCACAAAUUCGAGCAUCACCUUCUCCCCAGCCCUCUUCACAGCCUCUCCAAAUACACAGACAAACUCAAGAAAGCAAGAAUUCUACUCCCACCAAAAGCAUAAAACGACCACUGACAACUGAAAAGUCACAUAAUUCAUGGGAAAAUUCAGAUGAGAGUCGUAAUAAAUUAUUGAGAGCAGUUUCAACAUCAAAAUUAAUAUCAAAAGUUAUAAAAAAUACAGAUAAGCAUAAAGAUGUCAUCAUCAACCAAGCAAAAAUGUCAACCCGUGAAAAAAGCAACCAAGAAGGAGAAUAUGUUAAAAUGUUUAUGCGAGGUCGGCCAAUUACAAUGUUCAUUCCUUCUGAUGUUGAAAACUAUGACGACAUCAGAACAGAACUGCCUCCUGAGAAGCUGAAACUGGAGUGGGUAUAUGGUUACCGAGGAAAGGACUGCCGUGCUAAUGUUUACCUUCUUCCUACCGGAGAAAUAGUGUAUUUCAUAGCAUCAGUAGUAGUACUGUUUAAUUAUGAGGAGAGAACUCAGCGACACUACCUGGGUCACACAGACUGUGUGAAAUGCCUUGCUAUACAUCCUGACAAAAUUAGGAUCGCAACUGGACAGAUUGCUGGAGUGGAUAAAGAUGGAAGGCCUCUGCAACCCCAUGUCAGAGUGUGGGAUUCAGUUAGUUUAUCCACUCUGCAAAUUAUUGGACUUGGGACCUUUGAGCGUGGAGUAGGAUGCCUGGAUUUUUCAAAAGCAGAUUCAGGUGUUCAUUUAUGUGUUAUUGAUGACUCCAAUGAGCAUAUGCUUACUGUUUGGGAUUGGCAGAAAAAAUCAAAGGGAGCAGAAAUAAAGACAACAAAUGAAGUUGUUUUGGCUGUGGAAUUCCAUCCAACAGACGCAAAUACCAUCAUAACAUGUGGUAAAUCUCAUAUUUUUUUCUGGACCUGGAGUGGUAAUUCACUAACAAGAAAACAGGGAAUUUUUGGGAAAUAUGAAAAACCAAAAUUUGUGCAGUGUUUAGCAUUCUUGGGAAACGGAGAUGUUCUUACUGGUGACUCAGGUGGAGUCAUACUUAUAUGGAGCAAAACUACUGUAGAACCGACACCAGGGAAAGGGCCUAAAGGUGUUUAUCAGAUCAGCAAACAAAUCAAAGCUCAUGAUGGGAGUGUGUUCACACUUUGUCAGAUGAGAAAUGGAAUGUUAUUAACUGGAGGAGGGAAAGACCGAAAAAUAAUUCUGUGGGAUCAUGAUCUGAAUCCUGAAAGAGAAAUAGAGGUUCCUGAUCAGUAUGGAACAAUCAGAGCUGUAGCAGAAGGAAAGGCAGAUCAAUUUUUAGUAGGCACAUCACGAAACUUCAUUUUACGGGGAACAUUUAAUGAUGGCUUCCAAAUAGAAGUACAGGGUCAUACAGAUGAGCUUUGGGGUCUUGCCACACAUCCCUUUAAAGAUUUGCUCUUGACAUGUGCUCAGGACAGACAGGUGUGCAUGUGGAACUCAGUAGAACACAGGCUGGAAUGGACCAGGCUUGUAGAUGAACCAGGACACUGUGCAGAUUUUCAUCCAAGUGGCACAGUGGUGGCCAUAGGAACGCACUCAGGCAGGUGGUUUGUUCUGGAUGCAGAAACCAGAGAUCUAGUUUCUAUCCACACAGAUGGGAAUGAACAGCUCUCUGUGAUGCGCUACUCAGUAGAUGGCACCCUCCUGGCUGUAGGAUCUCAUGACAACUUCAUUUACCUCUAUGUAGUCUCAGAAAAUGGAAGAAAAUAUAGCAGAUAUGGAAAGUGCACUGGACAUUCCAGCUAUAUCACACACCUUGACUGGUCCCCAGACAAUAAAUAUAUAAUGUCUAACUCAGGAGACUAUGAGAUAUUGUACUGGGACAUUCCAAGUGGCUGCAAACUAAUCAGGAAUCGAUCAGAUUGUAAGGACAUCGAUUGGACGACAUAUACCUGCGUCCUAGGCUUUCAAGUCUUUGGUGUCUGGCCAGAAGGAUCCGAUGGGACAGAUAUCAAUGCACUGGUGCGAUCCCACAAUAGGAAGGUGAUCGCUGUUGCUGACGACUUCUGCAAAGUCCAUCUGUUUCAAUAUCCCUGCUCCAAAGCAAAGGCUCCCAGUCACAAGUACAGCGCCCACAGCAGCCAUGUCACCAAUGUCAGUUUUACACACAGUGACAGUCACCUGAUUUCAACUGGUGGAAAAGACAUGAGCAUCAUUCAGUGGAAACUUGUAGAAAAGUUAUCUUUGCCUCAAAAUGAGAUCGUAGCCGAUGGUACUCUAACCAAAGCCCCCAUCUCUUCCAUUGAAAGUGUCAUGCAGUCUGAUACUCCCACACCGCCUCCUUCCCAGCCCUUAAAUGAGGCAGCUGAAGACGAAAGUAGAAUAAGCAAUUCUCCCACACUUCUGGAGAACAGCCUGGAACAGACCAUGGAGCCCAGCGAAGACCACAUCGAGGAACAGAGUGAAGGGGGCAGCGAGGACCUCGGUGAGCCUAUUUUUGAGGAGCCAUCCAGUGAGAUAAGCAAGGAGCAGAGUGAAUCCGUUCUUACCGAGGACCGGCAAGGCUCCCCACCCCUGUCUUAACACCAGGGCUUCAGCGCGAUUCUCUCUCCUCCUUCAGCUGCAUGUGAUCUUGUGACAGAGUUCAGAUAACAGGCUGGGAAGCGACGCAGAUCACUAUUGAUUGCGAUUUGCGUUUCCACACGAUCUGUUUUCAGUGGUCUUACCUUCAGUCUCAGAUGCAGCCGACCAUGACGGUUGUUUGGCGUGUGUUGAAAAUUAACCAAACCCUUAAUAGCAAGAGAGACUGAAACAUUAAUGUCUCAGAAAUGACCAUGUAUGUAAGUGGUGUGAUGUAAAUACUGGAAACAAAAACAGCAGUUGUAUGGAUUUGAAAUCAACCCCUUGUUAUCUGAACAAGUCUUCUUCAGGAACAACCAGAGGCAUCACAAACACUGUUACUCAUCUACUGGCUCAGACUGUGCUACUUUUUUUUCCCUGAUGCAGAAAAAGAAAUCAGGAAGAAAAAAACGCUCUCUUACUGAGCUAUCCUCCCACCCCAAUUGUCUAGUGGAAAUUUUUUAGUUAAAAACUUCAGUCUUGCCACAAGCGAUGGUGUUGCCUUGAGUCCUAGCGCCGUUUGCUUCCACUAGCGGUAGGCGUCCAGAUGCUGCCUUUCUAAGUCGUGAUGAGGAACAGUCCCUUGAUUUCUUGUGUGCAGACCUGUUGUAUCUGAAAACUAAGAAAGCAGUGGUUUGUUAAAGAGCUUUUAAUGUAUAUUAAACCAUUAAUUCUCAGAAAUAAUGGGUUCCUCCAAGGAUUCCUUUACUGGCCGAAACAUUUUGUGAUGUUUGGCAUCCACAUGAAUGGAAGAAAAAACCGCAUGCCUAUAAAACUGUAAUAAUUACUUGGCUAAUUUGAACUUAGCCUUCCUCAUAAUUUGUCUCUUUCAUAACAGGAGAAAUACAAAUACAGUAAGUUUGAAUCGGUGCUUGAAAUUCAUUGGUUUUAUUGUAACUUUUAUACAGAUUACAUUGAGGGAUAAGACACUCAGCAAAUUACAAAUUCUUUUUUAUAGAAAUAUAACAGUCACAGUCAUUUUUUAUAAAUUGCAUACUUAACAGACUUGCUACAUAUGCUCAUUUUUCUCUGGUAGAGUUGCUGCAAGGCCUUGCAGUUCUGACGCGGCUGCCCUCUGCUGUCAUGGGCAACGCGUGUGUUAUGCAUUGGAUAGUAGGGGGGUUUUGUUUUGUUUUAAGUUUUGUCAGAUAACUAUGUUUUUCUUAAGUACAUGUUUCCUACUAUAAAAAUAAUUACUGACAAAUACGCAUUUCCUAUAUAUUUGUUUAUACAUUGAUUAUAAAAUACUGUUUUGAUUUAUUUUUUAACUUGCUGAAUUGUUCUUUUGUUUUUUGUUGGUUUUUUUUUUUUUUUUUUGUUAGACCAUGUUUAGAAACUUUGAAUGAGUUCAGAAGUCUUAAGUAUAAGUAUGCAAGUGUUUACGUGAUUAUGCCAUUCCAAAGUGCAUCAGAACUGUCAUUCCCUUCUAGUAUCUUCUCAGGAGUAAUACAAAUCAGGUAUUUCAUCACCAUUUGGUAAUUAAUAUACAAACUCCAGUGAACUCCCAAGGACACUCACAACAUUUAUAUUCACAUGCUGUAUGUAAGGGUGUGGGUAUGUGUGAAGGGGUGAGUGUAGACACUCUGUGUGUAUCUAUAGAAGAUAUACACCACAUUGAAAAUACUCAGUGUAUAUCUCUAUGUGUAUAGGUAUAUGUCCACGUAUAUCUCUUUCCUUUUGUUUACAGUUCAAAAAAAAAACCUCAAAGGAGUUCUCUUCAAAAGAAGAGACCUAGAUUCCAAGCAAUCCACUUUUCAGUAUGUUCUGUACAUAAUUAUCAGAGAGCAUCAAUAAAUGCCAGGCAUAUAUACUUGCCUAUUAGUGUAACUGAAUCAUCAAGAUCAGCAUGUGCUCCUUCCCUGCAAGAAAAAUACUGAGAUGAACAAGUAGUUCUAGAAGAAAAAGCAUUUCUUUACCUGGGAGAUACAGCUCUCUCCGAUCAGCAGGGAGUGUGCCUGGGACACCAGUCACCGUUGCGGUUGCUGUGUACAAUGAGAUUUAUGACGGUGAUACUCUUGGGUGGUAGUUUCAAAAGACACUACUAAUGCGCAGAAGCGUUCCAGCUCUCUCGCUGGCAACUACUGUUUAAUGGUCAAUUAAAUCUGUGAUAAUGGUUGCAGGUGGGUGGGAUUAUGAACUUGUAGAUGUUUUUAGAAAAACUUGUGAAUGAAAAUGAAUCCAAGUGUUUCAUGUGAAGAUGUUGAGCCAUUUCUAUCAUGCAUUCCUGUCUCAUGGCAGAAGAUUUUGAAGAUUAUGAAAUAAAAUAAUCAAAAUGUU